UCUGUAUAUAUGCUCCUUUUUCUGAUUAAGUUUUGUUUUGACAUUCUGUCACGCUGUCUAAUGUGGCUUUCUGGUUUGAAUUGUUUAUGUGCUAUUCCUCGUGAAGUAUGGAGGGUGUUGUUGCCUUUUGAAGUAGACGGAGAAUUUGCCAUAUUGAUCAGUAGCUGACUGGAAUUGUUUAAAUCUUGCGUGGGGAAAAAGAAGAGUGAUUAGGGUAGGGAAGGGAAAUGGAAUGCAACAAAGAUGAGGCCACCAGAGCAAAAGAGAUUGCUGAGAAGAAGUUUAUUGCAAAGGACAUUGUGGGUGCUAGGAAAUUUGCUCUGAAGGCCCAAAAUCUGUAUCCUGGACUUGACGGUAUUUCACCACUGUUAGCAACUCUUGAUAUUCAUUUAUCUGCCACAAAUAAGAUAAAUGGGGAAGUAGAUUGGUAUUCAAUACUUGGGGUGAGUCCUCAAGCUGACGAUGAAGCAGUGAGGAAACAGUAUAGAAAGCUGGCUCUAAUGCUUCACCCUGAUAAAAACAAAGCUAUAGGAGCUGAUGGGGCAUUUAAAUAUAUUUCAGAGGCAUGGAGUGUGUUGUCUGAUAAGUCUAGGAGAGUAGCAUAUGAUCAAAGGAGGAAGAAUAAGGUAUUUAAUAAGGUUCCAAAUUCAAGUGGAGUCUCAUCAAUGAGUACCAGUGCCAACAAUUUCAAGCACUUCCCCAAAGGAAGUACUUCAAAUGUGAGGGUUCCCAAAAGUACAUCACGGGCCAGUCAUUCUACAACUCCUGCUUCAUCUCAUAAACCAAAACCAAGUACCUUUUGGACUGUGUGCCAUUCUUGCAAGAUGCAAUAUGAGUAUCUCAGAGUCUAUCUUCAUCAUAAUCUUCUGUGUCCCAACUGUCAUGAGCCAUUUUUGGCUGUAGAGAUACCUCCGCCGACUAUAAAUGGCCCUAAGUCCCCUGCUCCUUGGAACUUCCCUCAGCAGCAACAGCACUCAAAUCAAGCACCCAGCAAAAGCACAACGUUUUCAGAAAGAAACAAUGGUGCCUUUAAUGUUUCUGAUUCCUAUGGUCAAACCAACUUCCAAUGGGGACCAUUUUCUAGGGCUGGCACUGCUUCAGCGACGGCGCAAGCUGCUACUGUGGUCCAGCAGGCAUAUGAGAAAGUGAAGAGAGAGCGUGAGGAAGCACAGUCAGCUACAAAAAGAGAAGAGGCCUUGCACCGAAAGCAGCAUUCCUCUAAACGAUCCAGUGGUAGUUCGUCAGCUAAUAAUUCAGCAAAAAGAAGGAAAGGCACGGAAGACAUUAACUCCCAAGCAAGCAAUAUUACCAAUCACAUGGGUGGUGAAAUGGGAGGAGCUAGCAUAGGUAAUUUAUCGGCGUCUAAGCAAGGUUAUUUUGAAACAUUUAAAGUAAAUGCAAGUGCCAAAUCCAAUAACACAAAGGAUAUGCAGCUCGAAAUUCAAAGCCUGUUGAUGGAGAAAGUUAAGAAAGAAAUUCGGAAGAAAUUACAAGAAUCUAGUUCCAGAAACAGCACCGGAACUGCAACGAAUGAAGAGAGAAAUGGGACUGAGAAAGUGAAUAUGAAAGAAGAAGGUAAAAAAUCUUCAGUGGAAGCAUGUGAUCAAAAGAAGUCAGCUGAAUCCCCGGAUGGGAGGGAUGAAGCUUGCUGCAUCAGGUCUGCUCCUGGCACUUGUUCCAUUAAAGACCCAGAAACUAUAGAAAUGCUGUCCAUAAAUGUUCAGGAUCCAGAUUUCCAUGACUUUGACAAGGAUCGAACUGAAAAUUCUUUUGCUGAGAAUCAGAUAUGGGCUGCAUAUGAUAAUGAUGAUGGGAUGCCUCGGUAUUAUGCAAUGAUUCAAAAUGUCAUAUCUUUAAAUCCAUUCAAGAUGCGAAUUAGUUGGCUUAAUUCAAAAACUAACAGCGAAUUGGGCUUGCUAAACUGGGUUGGUUGUGGUUUCUCAAAAACCUGUGGGGAGUUCAGAGUGGGAAAACAUGAAAUCUAUAGCUCUCUCAAUUCUUUUUCACACAAGGUUAGGUGGACAAAGGGCAGUCGUGGAACAAUUUCUAUAUAUCCAAGGAAAGGGGAUGUUUGGGCACUCUAUAGGAACUGGUCUCCUGACUGGAAUGAGCUCACAGCGGAUGAAGUGAUACACAAGUAUAGCAUGGUCGAAGUACUUGAAGAUUACAAUGAAGAAUUGGGGGUGAGAGUUGCCCCCUUGGUCAAGGUUGCUGGUUUCAAGACUGUGUUUCACCGGCACUUAGACGCAGGAGAAAUUAGGAGGAUUCCAAGAGAGGAAAUGUUCCAAUUCUCUCAUCAGGUCCCUUCCUACUUGCUUACAGGUCAAGAAGCUGCCAAUGCUCCAAAAGGUUGCCGGGAGCUUGACCCAGCUGCUACUCCUUGCGAACUUCUUCAGGUAAUACAUGAUAUUAAGGAAGAAGAGUUUGAGGAAAAGAUUGUGGAUGAUGUGGAAAAAUCUAAUGAUGUAAAGAUAGUAGAAAAUAGUGACGGCAGUAGAAAAGAAGAUAAUGAAAAAUAGAAAUAGAUGUACAAAGUAAAGCGUGGUUGGUUGUCACUAAUUUUGUUUGUGUACAAGAACGUGCGAUUGAAUGUUAGUCACACCGAAUAUUUGAUAGUUGAAGGGAAGGGAGAGAGCACUAAUUUAUGAAGUGAAGUCUUUUGUGGUGUACAUGAAGUUUGGAGGGAACUUCACUAGCGACAAAAAAUUUAGAGGUUAAGGCAAGGGAGAGGAUUAUCUCCUGUUCUGAAAUCCAUAUAUUCAAUGAGAUUUUCUUUUUCUAAAAGUUAAACGAGGAAAAAGAAAUAUAAAGGAUCAUUGGAUUUGCUUUUUUGUU